AUGGCUUCCAACGGAUCCGAAUCGCCAGACGAGUCGUUCUUCAACGACCUCUCCCAACAAGCGCAAGACCCGAAUGCUACCAACAGUCAGGAAACGCAACAGGAUGGAUCAAGCAAGGUCAAGAGGAUUGCCUGUGUUCUGUGUAGGAAGCGGAAGUUGCGAUGCGACGGCACCCGGCCAACAUGUUCGACCUGUAAACGUCUGAACCACGAUUGUGCAUACGACGAAGUACGCAAGAAAAGUGGACCCAAGCGCGGCUACGUCAAGCUGCUCGAACAACGGCUGCAGCAAGUCGAGACCCUCCUCAAGACACAAGACACGACCGACUCGAGCAAGGACGCCCCGCGCCAGGACGCCGCUUCCGCAUACGUCGCGAACACUGUAAAUCAAUCGCUGCCGAAUUCUGGAGAUGUGCCCAACACAACAGGCCAUAUUGAAGCGGCCGGUCGGCCCGGGAUUACUGGAGCAAGUCCAUUUCAGAAUGUCGGUAUACCAGGGAACGACGCGGGGCGGGAGACCUCGUGGGAGAUGAUAGGGCUUGGGCUCGAGGAACCUUUACCUCCCCAAGAAAUCAUGGACGAUUUAUAUCAAAUAUACUUCUCCAAGAUCCAUCUCACACUGCCCGUCAUACACAGACCACGGUUUAUGGCCGCACUGAACCUUUCUCCUCAAGCGCGCCCGCCGGUUUGUUUGCGAUACAUCAUGUGGACCCUAGCCGCUUCCAUCACAGACAAGUACGAGGCGUUACAAGAACAUUUCUAUCAACGUGCUAGGAAAUAUGCGCAGAUGGAUGAGAUGAGAGGCCACGGAGAGUCGACCAUCACCCUUGCGCAUUGCCAGACAUGGGUUUUGAUGGCUACGUACGAGUUCAGACAGAUGUACUUCCCAAGAGCCUGGAUGUCAUCCGGGAGAGGUUCAAGACUAGCCCAGAUGAUGCAGCUGCAUCGCCUGGACGGAGUUGGACUAGAUGUAAAGCAAUGCCUGGCUCCACCCAAGGAUUGGACCGAGCGUGAGGAACGGCGGAGAACCUUUUGGCUAACCUUUUGCAUUGAUCGAUACGCGAGUAUUGGAACUGGCUGGCCCAUGACCUACGAUGAGAAAGACAUCAUGACAAACCUACCAGCAAGCGAAGAAGCAUUUGAAAAGAGUAAACCGAUGGAUACUGGAUCACUGGACCAAAUCUUGAAUCCUAAUGGCGUGCAAAACCUUCAAGCACUCGGCGGUAUCGUCCUGACAGCUGCGAUGUUUGGCCGCAAUUUGCUUCACUUACAUCGACCAAUGCCAGAUGACAAUGACGAAGACAUCAAUGGCGGCUUCUGGAACCGACAUCGAAACAUCGAGCGUAUACUUCUGCAGACAUCGCUGAGUCUGCCGGAUAAUAUUCGUCUACCAACUGGUAUAGCCGACCCCAACGUGGUGUUCACGAACAUGUGCAUACAUACGUCGGCAAUAUGUCUUCACCAAGCAGCCAUCUUCAAAGCAGACAAAUACCGGCUACCAGCAAGUGUCAGCAAUGAAAGCAAGAUUCGGUGCGUAACAGCAGCAGCAGAGAUUGCUUCUAUCAUGCGUAUGAUCAGUCAUAUGGACCUUGGUUCAAUGAACCCGUUUAUAUCCUUCUGUAUUUACGUGGCAGCGAGGGUUUUCGUCCAGUACCUCAAGACGCGGCCAAAGGACCAACAGAUGACCUCCUCGCUACAAUUCCUCCUGCAGGCGAUGGAAGCUCUUCGACGGAAGAACCCACUCACAGAGUCGUUCUUAGUGCAGUUAGAUCUUGAUCUAGAGGGUGCAGGUCUACAGGGCAUGCGUCAUCAGCCAUACACGCAGCCUGCGCGCAAACCUACCAUCAUUUCGAUCCAUUCUGAUCCGCAAAUCAACUGCAGUCCGUUAAUCAAUAUACGCGAACCGAAUCAACCUGCCACAGCCGCCAACACGUUUGGAAACGGCAAUCCGAUCACGCCGGCACCGACUUCCAAUACGCAAUACUCGAGCAACAUACCUGGUCCGCCAUUUCAUCUCCACAACAUCAAUAGUAUCGACAUGAGCGCGCAGAACCAGGCCUACUUACCGUCUCAAUUUGAGUCGAACAGAGGUUUCGGCACCACUGCAGCUCAAGCGUUCACGCCCGCCGGCGGUUUCGCUUUCCACGAUAAUGAGAUGGACCUCUCCGGAGGUGAUAGAGACGUCGACCGGCCUAGCCCAGCAACAAUGAGCUCACAAUCAAGAGGUGGCUCAACAUCGCAAUCUUCUUACUCGCCAGGCCAGCCACUCGAACACAACAUCCCAUACCGGGCAUCUCCAAAGAUGACAGGACCAGGCUCCGGCACCGUCUUUCCAGACCUCGCAGCUAAUGGCGGAACGUUUCCAACAAAUGGCUUCAAUCUACCCAACAACAUGGGCAAUGAAGCUUAUACUGAUGGCUUUGUAAUGGGUAACGAAUGGGAAUAUGCAGCUUUGAACGCGGGAACAGGCCUGACGCCCAUGGCAGACGCGUCCUGGGAUUCGAUGUUGGAAAGCGUUACGAUGGGAUGGGAUUCAGUUGGCCCUGGGCAUGAGAAUCAACCGAAAGCUGCCGGGAUAUGA